AUCGCUUCUACAGCUAAAGCGGCGCCUACUCGCCUACACACCUACUGCUGGCUGGUGGCUGUCCCUCUAAUGCGCUUGUUCUGCUUUGCUUAGCUGUAAGACCGAUCUUGCCCCGCCCAAACAAUGCAGCCCUGUAAACAUAUCCAGCGCACCUGUACGAUGCUGUAGUUUUGCACGCGCAUUUACGCUUAGUGCUGAGAACUAACCGCGCUCGCGCACCAAAUCCAUUUACGUUGUUGGUUGUAAAGAGGAGCACUACAUCGCCCUCUCUGCUCCAUUCCCUCCGUUCAGCAGACUCAUCCGCCGGAGAUAAGUAACGGAAAGCUGGAAAACCCUGCUGAAGGCAGCGGCAUUUUUUCGGAAGGAAACACCCUCAGAGAGCGGGAGCGGUUUGUAGAGAAGAAUGGCGGAUUCAUGCAGCGAUAUGCCUGUCAAGGCCGAGAACUCGGAGUGCGCCGAAAUAGUUGUUGAUACAACUGAGCCGUCGAAAGCGAUUAGUACUGGUACUGGUCUCGGCUCUGGCUCUGGUCCUUGCCCCAGCUCUGACCCUGCCCCUGGCUCAGACAUUGGCUCUGACCCCCGUCCUGGACUAGACCCCGACCCUGAAGCUGCACCUAAACCCAUCCCCAUGUCUGUAUCCAAACUGGAGGAGGCAGCGGCCCCUGAUUCUGGCGUUGUCUCUGGUUCUGACCCUUCUCUUGGCGCCGAUUCUGGCUCAGCAGAACCCAUGACUGUGUCCGAGUCUGAGGAGGCAGCGGCCGCUGCUCCUAGGACUGACCCUGGUCAUGCUCGCAACCCCGGCCACGGCCCUGGCUCUGGUCGUGCCCCCUGCGCCGACUCUGUCCCGAUGGCUAUCUCUGGACCGGAGGAGGCUGCGCCCCCACCUCGGUUGCCCAAAACAGACGUGGAGCUGGUGAAGGGACAGGCAUUUGACGUUGGACCCCGCUACACCAACCUGGCUUACAUCGGGGAGGGAGCGUACGGGAUGGUGUGUUCAGCUCAGGACAACUGGACCCAACAGCGGGUGGCCAUCAAGAAAAUCAGCCCGUUUGAGCACCAGACGUACUGCCAGCGCACGCUGCGAGAGAUCAAGAUCCUGCUGCGCUUCCGCCACGAGAACAUCAUCGGGAUCAAUGACAUCAUCAGGGCGCCGCAGUUGGAGAACAUGAGAGACGUCUACAUCGUGCAGACGCUGAUGGAGACGGACCUGUACAAGCUCUUGAAGACCCAGAAGCUGAGCAACGAGCACGUGUGCUACUUCCUGUACCAGAUCCUGAGGGGUCUCAAGUACAUCCACUCCGCCAACGUGCUGCACCGGGACCUCAAGCCCUCCAACCUGCUCAUCAACACCACCUGCGACCUCAAGAUUUGCGACUUCGGCCUGGCUCGGAUAGCCGAUCCAGUUCACGACCACACCGGUUUCCUCACGGAGUACGUGGCCACACGUUGGUACAGAGCCCCAGAAAUCAUGCUCAACUCAAAGGGCUACUCAAAGUCAAUCGACAUGUGGUCAGUGGGCUGCAUCCUGGCUGAGAUGUUGUCCAACAAACCCAUCUUUCCUGGGAAACACUACUUGGACCAACUAAACCAUAUACUGGGCGUACUUGGCUCACCGUCUCAAGAAGAUCUGAACUGCAUAAUCAACCUGAAGGCGCGGAACUACCUUCAGUCCCUGCCCCAAAAGACCAGGAUUCCCUGGGACAGACUCUUUCCGAAGGCAGACCCAAAAGCCUUGGACCUGUUGUGUUGCAUGUUGACAUUUAACCCCAACAAACGCAUCACCGUUGAAGACGCCCUGGCUCAUCCCUACCUGGAGCAGUACUACGACCCCACCGAUGAGCCCGAAGCGGAGACGCCAUUUGACUUCACAACAGAACUGGACGAUCUUCCCAAGGAGACGCUGAAGGAAAUGAUCUACGACGAAACGGCUCGUUUCCAGACAAUCAGCUGAGGCACAGUUUUGCUGAGUUAUUGCAGCGACGCUUGGAGCCAGAAGACCCCGAACGAUAUGCUAAAACAAAAGAAAAGUGCAUCCUGAAGAAACCGACAAAUAUAAACAUUAACCUGCUUACCUUUGCAUUUCCACAGCAAGACGGAGCUAAGUAUAAAUAUGGGUUGCCGUUACCGAGCAGGGUGGACUGUCAAAUUCAUGCCGUUUCCGUUUUGUCCAUGUUGGACUCCUCACUCACCUCAGAUAUAAUUUUCCCCCUUGUUUUUAAGCCCAUUUUUACUGCUCCGGCUUGUCUAGCACCUUCUGCGGUAACUCCUCCCCUCACCAAAGCG